AUGCCUCGCUCGCCCCUUCCGACCGACCCCUCUCUGCUCCCCUCACCCGUGCCCGCUCUGCCCCUCGCGCCAGAGUCCCGCCCUCCGUCCUGCUCUCUUGUCGGCUUCCGCCGGACUCGUACCGCCUCUCCCUCGACUCCCCGCGCCCCUCCGUCCGUCCCCAUUGCACCGUCGGCGGUUCGUGCACCCCACGCCCCUCCCUUCUGCUCGUCUCGCGCCGGGGCCACCUCUCUGGCGACGGAGACCAGGCGUCCAGGUGCUCCCUCCAAGUGCGCGGCAGCCGCCGCCCUGUUGUCCGGCUUGGCGAGCGCCUGCCGCUGCUGCGCCCACCUUGCUGCUGACCGUGCCGCUUCGGCGGCGUCUGCUCCGCCUCACGCUCCCUGCCCCCGCGCGGCUGCUGCUGUCCUGCCGACUGCGAAGCGCCGCCGCCCCACUCUUUCUGCUCCUGACGCUCACCGCGUGGGCGGAACGCGCCCAUGUGCCCUCCUUCGAGGCGUCGCUCCCUCUACGUCGAGCGUGGCCCCUCCUCCUCCUCCUUGCCGCGCGGAUUCGGCGCCCGCCCUGUUCGGCCACUCGUCUCCGGCCCACCGUGCUCCUGUCGUCCGGAGCUCUCCGCGUGCCGCCCGUCCCUGUGGGGCUCGUCACGAUCGCGCGAGCCCGGCGGCAGAGCCUCCGAUUCCGCGACCGCCGCCUGGCUCGUCUCCGGUUGCGCUCCCGCCGGCGUGA